AUGAACUUGAGGCGCUGCCAAACGCUCACAGAUGCCAUUCCUCGCCUUGAAAAGAUCUUUGCCGAAAAAGCAAAUCCGAAAACAGCCAAUGCCUUUCCUCUGUUCAAUAAGAGCACCCACCAAGCGGUGUGGAAGUCGGUGCCAAUCAACAAAGAACGACAAGCGGCAGUGCUCGUCCCUCUAGUUUCCUUUCAAGGAGAGCCUUCUAUACUAUUUACAACAAGAUCGAUGAACUUGCCUCAUCCUGGUGAAGUGUCAUUUCCUGGUGGGCACCUAGAAGAAGGCGUUGACAAUUCAUUGACCGACACUGCUCUUCGGGAGGCGCAAGAAGAAUUGCUAGGAGACUACCCAUGGGACGAAGUUCAUAUCUUGGGGCAGUCCACUGCUCUGCCUUCUGCAGGGGGAACUCCAGUGACUCCCAUCAUAGGGGUACUACCAUAUGAGAUUCAUGCCAACACUUUUCCAGGAAACCCCCAGGAGGUCGACGAGGUUUUCGUUUUAAGCCUAAAGGAGCUGUUAGAGAUUGAGAGCCGUGAGAGAUUACAACGAUUCAAAAGCAAUGUGCCGGUGUUCCAUAGGCAGCAUGGUGAAAGAAUAUGGGGCUUAACAGCAGUGAUCACCCGACCAAUUCUCCAUAAUCUGUUCAAACCAGUGCUGCUGGAAAGUUCACGGUUGUGA